UUAUUUAGAUGAUGGAAUGACGAAGUAAACUGGGGACAGAAAACAGUUCAUUAGACAAGGGCAGACAAGAGAGGGGCUUCAAAAUCAAGAUUAAAAUCAGAUUGCAAGAUGGCUGCAAAUCCCUAUAAUUAUUCCUACAUCUUUAAAUAUAUCAUUAUUGGUGAUAUGGGCGUUGGUAAGAGUUGCCUUCUCCACCAAUUCACUGAAAAGAAGUUCAUGGCUGACUGCCCUCAUACAAUUGGUGUAGAAUUCGGAACUCGAAUAGUUGAGGUGUCAGACCAGAAAAUAAAGCUGCAGAUCUGGGACACUGCAGGUCAGGAGAGGUUCAGGGCGGUGACUAGGAGUUAUUACCGUGGUGCUGCUGGAGCCCUUAUGGUCUACGAUAUCACCAGGAGAUCCACCUAUAAUCACCUCAGCAGUUGGUUGACGGACGCUAGAAAUCUGACGAAUCCUAAUACAGUAAUCUUUCUAAUCGGCAAUAAGAGCGAUUUGGAUGCUCAAAGGGACGUGACGCGCGAAGAGGCUGAGCUUUUUGCAGAAGAAAACGGGCUUAUAUUUUUGGAAACUUCUGCUAGGACUGGUGAAAAUGUAGAAGAAGCGUUUCUGGAGACAGCAAGGAGGAUCUACCAGAGUAUACAGGACGGAUCUCUGGAGUUGAACGCGGCAGAGAGUGGUGUCCAACACAAACCAACACCCAUUAAAGUGGGUAACGAAGAGGGACAACCCGCCGAUCGAAACUGUUCCUGCUAGGAACCUUCAGCUUUCAUGUGGCGUGAUGACGUCAUAAAUCGGCGUGACGUCAUCAAAUCACGAAAACCCGACUUUGUAGCGUUGGUGCUGAUUUCACUGGGUCAAAUGAUAUGAUUACUUAUAUAUUUUUGUGUUGAAUUUGAAUACUGUUAUAAUACUACAUGUUCUAAUAUUGAGGUUCUCAGAAAAUAUACUUCUAUUCCUCUGGCUAAAAAACACAUGUUUCGAUUAACGCAUUAAUUUCCCUACAAUAACCGGUCUCUGUGACAACUAAUAGAUCUGAAUACUGGUUGGAAUGUGAUUAGCCUGCCAGCAUUGACCAAUCAAAACUCAUUGUCACAUGUCACGUGUCAAAUCACCGGUAUCCAGACCUAUUAAUUAAUUAAUUAUUGUUAACGUAAUUAUAUGAGCUAGAGAUAGAUUUCCUCUUUAUUCACAAACGAAACUGAGUCAUUUCAAAAAGAAGGAGAAUAAUGAGGUUAUUUGAUAAAUUGCUUUUAUUCCCCAAAUUGUUUCGAGCUUGUUCUUAACUGAUCUUUUGGUUUUCACUGUUGACAAAAUAAACUCGUAAUAUUGCGCGAUCUUGCUACCUCUACUCCGUUUUUGUAUUAAAACAUUUGGAAUAUGAUAUUGCGUUUACAGUAUGAAUUAAGAUCUGAUAUUUUAUCUUGUUCCAUAGUUGGUUUGGCAGAAAAGGAAUGUAAAAUUUAAAAACGGUCAAUAUACACAUUACUCGACUGGCAGAGUGACAAUUUGCUACUUGGGUAACUGCCAACUAGGUAUUGUUCUUCAAAUUAUUCAUCAUCAAUUAAUUGUGAGAGGAUAUACUUUUUAGAUUAUGUUAUGUACCUUUGUGCCUUUUUGUAUGAGACGAAGUUAUUGAAUGUUAUCAUUUCGUAGAUGAAGUUUUGUUUCCUCAAGUUUCAGACUCCGAGUGAAAGAUUGGGAAGAUUAUUUUGAAAAUUCAGUUGUUACCUGAUUUUUAUAAAUAAAAUGGACAGUGUUAUCAUAGAUAAUUUGAUACGCAUCCCUUAAUAAUUUAAUCUCAAUGCACUCAAAUUUAUCUUCACAUUUUGAAAAUUCACCCAAUUUUAAGAUGGUCUACAUAUUAUAGAGUGAUGUUUCUUUAGCAGCUAAAUAUUUACGGUUGUUAUUUACCAGUCAGAAAAUUGAUGAUAAUUUUAACGACAACUUUAGAUUGUUGUGAGUCGAUUAAUCAAUGUUGAAUUGUGUACUGGUUAUGCAAAUUCAGUCUAUUGUUAUAAAUUUCUGUGUAUUAAUUUUACAUUCAGACGGUUAAAUAGACUUCAAAUAUUUUCUUGAUUCUUAUCGGUUGUGUAUUGAUAAGAGACUUUAUAUCUAACCCAGAA